AUGGCAGGCACGCGACCACGUCCGGCCAGCACUUCGACUGCUAGUAGUCUGAUGCAAGACGUCCCUGGAGCUUUCCCUGCUCGUAACAGUUCAGAUGAGAAUGCUCAGUCUGAUUUCAUCAGCUUGUCGCAGGCUAUACACGCGAGACGGGCUGAGUAUGUCAGGCCGAAGCACGUGAGAAUCAAGGUCGGCAGCUGGAAUGUGGCCGCAUACAAGGGGGCAGAGAAGGACAUCGGCGGAUGGUUCGUGCAGGGCAAAGGCGUGACAGAGGCAUCAGCUGGGUUGAAAGUCACGGAUCAGGUGCAGUCGCAUGGGAGUGGCAUGCCAUCACAGACAGGCCUAGACGAGCGAGAAGACGUCGCAGCACAGGAAGCACGAUAUGCCAAGAAGAAGGAGACCAUACCCAAGGACGACCCUGGCUCACUACCUGGCGACGGCGACAUCGGGCUCUACGUACUUAGUCUUCAAGAAGUCGUCGACAUCAAUUCCUUCACCGAAGCUCUACGCCCCUACACCGAUCCACAUGUUGCCAAUAAAUGGAAAGACGCUAUGGCCGCAGCGCUGCCGGGAGACUACAUCCUGGUCGCCGAACAACAACUCAUCGGCAUGCUGCUCCUAGUCUAUGCCAGUGCGGACAUCGCGAAAGAUGUUCGGUCUGUAUCGACCACCAGCGUCGGCACAGGCAUAGCAGGAUACAUGGGCAAUAAAGGUGCCGUGACUGCGAGAAUAGUCCUGGGAGACACCACGAGGAUGGUCUUCGUCAACAGUCAUCUUUCUGCAGGGGCAGACAAAGCAAGCUUGGAGAGAAGGAACUGGGAUGCUAGUCAAGUCAUCGCACGAACACGAUUCGAGCCCAUCGUGGACCCAUCUGGUGCAAAGCAAAGUGAAGGCGAGCAGAUUGGCGAUGAGGAUAUCGCUUUCUGGUGCGGUGAUCUGAACUAUCGACUCGAAGGCAUUCCUGCUGAUGAUGUCCGACGAUUACUCAUGCUUCAUACCCGCAACGAGUACGAUCUCUCACAGCGUUCUGCUCGCAAAGUCGAGAAAGAGUUGCAGUCUGCCACGGAGUCGGUCAGGAGGCGAGUUGAAGAUCGACUAAGCGUCCACUCAACAGGCUCGUCUGCACCAUCUUCCCCUGCGCGCUCUACACACGAGAUCAGAAGUAGUACGGACUCACGUGCGAGUACUGACACCACUCCGCCGACUACCAUCAUGGAUGACAUUGCCGCAAGCGACGACCCGACCUCCUUACAGACGACCUUAUUAUCCUUACUGCCUCACGACGAGCUACAGCAGCAGAUGAAACUUCGCACAGCUUUCCACGAUGGCUGGCGAGAAGGUCCGAUCAAGUUCUUGCCAACCUACAAGUACGAUGCAGGCAGUGUCGGUGUGUUCGAUUCGAGCGAGAAGAAGAGGGCGCCAAGUUGGUGUGAUCGUAUCUUAUACAGAACCAGACGAGACCGCCUGGCGUACGAAAGCAAGAUUAAAGAGGAAGCGGAUGCCAAGCGUAAAGACGAGGAGAUGCGUGCGAGCGGUCUUGAUAAUGCUGGUAAUGAUGAGGAGAUAUUAUACGACCUUUACGACCCUGAGACGGAUGGCGCUGCGGAGGAAUACAACGAGUAUGAUGAGUAUGAUGAUGCUAAUGAGAACGUUGUGGUUACGAAAGAAGGUUUCGAGGAUGAGAUCGAGCUGGAGUACUAUAUUGCUCAUCAGAGAGUGCUUUCGAGUGACCAUAAGCCGCUGGAUGCUGUUUUCAAGCUGAAGUACGACUGUGUGAUACCAGACUUGAAAGCAAAGGUCCACGACGAAGUAGCAAAAGAGCUCGACAAAGCUGAGAACGAGAGCCGACCAGCUGUUACAGUAGUCGUCGAUCGCCACCGCGACAGCGCAACCGAGGAAUCCGACGCCGAUCCCGCAACGUUCAGCGGUGUCUAUUUUGGCGAUGUGCGAUAUGCUCAUGCAAGACAUCGUACCCUCACCAUCGCCAACACCGGCCGAGUAUCCGCCACCUUUUCCUUUAUGGAGCGACCACAUGCCGCCAAUAGUAAUUCUGGACUCGCACCCAAAUGGAUCAAUUUGACUUUGAACGACCAAUAUUCUGCAAGCUCGAGUUCGGCCAGCCAAAGCAUUACUCUAGAGCCUGGAGAGACAGCGGGUGUGGAGUUGGAGGUCCGGAUUUUCGACAUGCAUACUAUGCAUGACUUGAACGAAGGUCUGCAGGAAUUAGACGAUAUCCUCGUCCUUCGGGUCGAAGGCGGCCGAGACCAUUUCAUCCCCGUCAGAGGCAAAUGGCUGGAGAACACGCUAGGAAGGAGCAUCAACCGUCUUGUCAAGAUCCCAGAGGGUGGAAUAAGGAAAUUGCAGGGACAGAAACCGGGUGGGAAGUCGAGGCAUUCGAGACUUUCGACCUCGAGUUCGGGAUCGGCAAGCGAACGGCCAGUGAGUCCCUCUAUGGAGCAAGUCUCGAGCGCGCCGCGAGAGCUUUGGAAGCUGACGGCUGCUGUAGAAGACUUGAGUGCGAGGGUGGUUGCGGAGUGGGAGAUGACGCAUCCGUCUGACGGUACAGAUGCUGGGGAGAGUGUAGCUCCAUGGCGAAGACAUCCCGGUUGGCCAUUUGAUGAGCGUUGUUGGGUUGAGAGAGGUACAACACAAUCGCAAGAUGCUCUGGGUGAUGCGCUGAAUGCGCUGGACUGCGACGAGCCGCUCGAGGCUAGCAUACCGGCUGCAAUGCCAAAGAUACAACGGCUCUACCUCCUCGCUGAUCUGCUUUUGAUUUUCUUGAAGGAGAUGCCAGACGGUACCAUCACAUCCGAACAAUGGGACGAGAUCGACGCCCUACUCACAGCAAUCGAGAAGAACAAGACCAAACCCAGUCUCGAGGAGCAGAAGACCGCAGUACAAGAGAUCCUAGCAAAACAGCCAAGCCAUAACAUCUCCUUCAUCUUCAUCACAUCAAUGCUCGAACGCAUCAUGCAGGAGACCGCGAGCACGAAGAAACAUGACGAGGUGCCGUCGAGUCCUGGCAAGAAGGCCGGGACCUUGAGACGGCUGGCGGGAUUGGGCAAGUUGCCUGCUGUUGCUCCUAGUGAAAAUGAGGGAAGUGCUCAUGCGUUUGCGCAGCUCUUUGCUAGUGCGGCCAUCAGAUCGAAGGUUGUUGGCGGGGAAAAGGUGAGGGUAGUGCAGGAGAGGAGGAAGGUGGAGGUCAUGACCUUGUUUCUUAAGAAAGCCGAGCCAGGCUAG